GAGCACUGAAAAAGAGUUUGAGGAGCAACACAAGACAAACUGACACAGAUACCGAGAGAGAGAGAGAGAGAGAGAGAGAAGAGAGAGAGAGAAAGAGCGCAAGAUAGAAGAGAAGGGAUUUCUUUUUCGAGAGGGAUUCCCCCACCCAGAGAAACAGAGGUGUGCUGGCAAACUGUCGCAGUCAUGAACAGAAGCUGGAGAUGAAGAUGACAUCUGGAAGCAGCUGAAGCUGUCAGGCUUCAUGUCUCCAUCCUCCCCUGAGGGAGGACAAGAAGAUGAGUGUCACUAAUCAUCACUCCUUCAACAUCCUGACCAUCAUCUUCCUCGUUCUGUCUACUACAGCUCUCUCUGCUCAUUUUCGGGUGUGUGAGCCUUACACUGACCACAAAGGGCGCUACCACUUUGGAUUCCACUGUCCUCGUCUCUCGGACAACAAGACGUACAUGUUCUGCUGCCACCAUAACAACACGGCCUUCAAGUACUGUUGCAACGAUACUGAGUUUCAAACAGUCAUGCAGGUCAACCUGACCACGUCUCCAGACGGCUACGCUCACAACAAUUACUCUGCAUUAAUCGGUGUGUGGAUCUAUGGAUUCUUCGUCAUGGUGCUGCUAGCGCUUGAUUUUCUAUAUUACUCGGCCAUGAACUAUGAGGUGUGCCGAGUUUAUCUGGAGAAGUGCGGGUUGGGCGGCCGCUGGCUGAAACAGGCCCGAGGUCAGUGGCACGGCGAGGGACAAGAGGAAAGGGACGGACGGCCCGCUCAACCCACAGCUCCGUCACAACCUCAAGAGCAACAUCAUGAACACAGCUGCGGUCAGAUCAGACACAGCCUGACGAGCCCGGGACAGACCGCACACAAUACCACAACAGCCUGAGACUGACCAAAUGUAAGGACCAACUGUUGGAGUCCCCCGGAGAGGAAGUGCAUUAUGGGAAACAUACUGCAGUACAUGCCCCUGCCACAUGGACCUACGUCACAGGGCCUGUUUGCCCCAAGCCUCUCAAUGUGGUCCAAAUCUUACAGGGCAUGUCCUUCAACCCCUCGACAAACCCAGAACCUCAACUCAGAGCCAACUGGAAAUUGUCCAGUGGUGGAAUGAGAGAUUCUGAAGAGCGGCUGCACCGAGACUUGUGGAACUCCGGAAGAAGACUUCGAACCGAAAUGGACUUUGAUGGACACAGAACUCACCCUGACCAUCUUUGGAGGACCUAUGUAGCCAUUUCUGCACCAUUUUGUGAGCUCCUCUAGAUUAAACUCUCUGUAACUGUGCAGUGUCAGUUUAUAUUGAUUCGUAGUCAGGGAAAACGCUGAGUGAUGAAUGAAGACGUCGAACAUCAUUUAAAACAUCUUUUAAAGCACUCUCAUGACUCAGUACUAGAAGUUAAAUGACCUUUUUUGCAGGAAAUAUCAACUCACAUGUCAUGGGUGGUUUUGCAGUGAAGAUGUGAAAUGAAAUCGUACGUGAAUGUCUGUUUUUGGCUACUGUCGUGAUUUAACAUUUUAUCAUCUGUAAGAAUCAGCGAGGUAGCAAAUUGUUAAAUUAAUUCUGUUUCAUGCCCUGAAGAGUUCAUUGUGUAUGUUUAUCACGUUGUUUUGAGACCUCUAAAGAGGUUUUGUUCAGCAGUACACACUAUUAUUGAUAUCAAUCGGUUGAGUUCAUAUAGACUUUAGUUUCUGAGUGAAACCCCAAAAUAAACAUAAUUCCACACUCCUUUGCACAUGACAAAGGAGACACUUACAGAGAGGUCAGCACAGACAACGUUUUUAAAUGGCCUUGGUUUACCUUGGUUUUGCAAGGCAUUACCCAGCUAACAAAAAUAAGUUCUAGGAAUGUUUUGCGAACGUUAUGAAAAUGCUAUUUCUGCAUGCAUUCAAAAUGGUUUUAUGUGAAGAUUAAGGGGCUGAACACACAGAACUAAAAACAUGAGGCUCAGUGCUCAGGAAUGUCUUUUUUUUUUUUUUUUUAAGUGCAGAGGAAUGCCUCUAAAUAUUGCCAUUAAAUAUAUAAAAAAAAAAAAAAAAAAAACAGUUGCCAUGCCAACUUGCUAUGGUAAACAAAAGCUUGCCCCGCCUCUGGGGUCUUCUGAUAAGUCCACUGUUUUUGAACUGACGAUGUGUGGCACUGUGUGUAAAAGUUGUAAUUCUUUUAAAGUGACACGCCAUCUUAAAAACACGCCGCUCAUGUGUGAGAUGCUGCAAAAGACGUCUGACACGUUUACAUAUGAAAAACAACAGAAAGUACUGCAUUGGACAGGAAAAACACGUUCUGCGUGAAUGGCUCCUUGAGAGAACAUUCCAUUUCAGAAUUUUCCAGACAUUAUGGGAAUGUUACAUUUGAAUGUUCUCGGAACAUUCUGAAACAUUAAGUAACAUUUAAAAAACAGAUGAACAUCCAACUCAAACAUUUUUGGAAAUUAAACAUUCCAUAAACAAUGUAUAAAUAAUGUUUUUGAAGCUAACAUUGAGAACAUUAUUAACUCGGAACAAAUGUCCUAUUAGAAUUACUGGAAGAACAUUUGUUCACAACUUUGAGAAAACCUUGCCAGAACAUUAGCCAAAGUUUUGAAAAUGUUCAUUGUUAGCUGGGUAUCAGCUUCUCAUGCCUGUUGAAAUGUAGCUAAACUCAAUUUAGCCAAAUAGAAGAUGUUCCUUCAUCAACAUCCUUGCUUGCGAUUGAAGAAUAUUACAGCCAGCCAAUCAGAUUUCAUAUUUUAAGUAUAGGGCAUUUUCAUCACUCAGUCAUAUCCCUAUGAUUUUAGGAUUUGGUCAAUGAAUAUUUAAAUGAAAAUAAUUAUUUAAGAGCAACAAAAGACCAAGGAACAUCUACUUGGCUAAUUUCCAGAUGUCAUCAAAAACAGAACAAAAUAUCAGACUUUAAAGUGUUCAAGGCAACAUAAACUUACUUCAUGUGCACUGAUCAGCAAGUAUUUAAAACAAGCUCUUCAGUCUGGGAUUCUGCACCAAACUGAGUACAGUGUGUUUUCAGCAAUAAGUUUAGAAUAUAUCUGUUGUUAGGAGUCCAUGGUGCAGUUUUUGGCAGACAGCAGCCCAAUUACACUCAUAGAACAGAACAGCGCCGCUGUGGCUACACAACCUUUGACUGAAGUAAUUGGUGGUUCAGAAACGAGCUCGAAGAGGAGGUGAUCAGAUGAGAUGGAGACGUGAUCUCUGGUUUGAGCAGGUGUGAGUUUAAUUAUGGUGUCAGCUGGCAGGAGGAUGACUGUGAUUCAUCAUCUGUUUAGAGAAUAUGGAAACUCUGCUGAAGAUGUUUGGGCAUCGCUGGGCCUGCAUGAAAUCACUGCCCACAGAUUUCUGCAAAAUUCACUCAUUAUUUACAAAGCUUGCACCCUGGUGUGUUUGUUUACUAAAUAUGUUUGUUAAUUCGAGAAGGCUUUCAGAUCAGUUUGACAUAUUUUCCCAAAUUAAAACCAUUCCAUUUUUUAAAAAAUAUCACAAUUAUCAAAAAAAAAAAAAAAACAACUGAAUAUUCAGAUUCUGUGUGGGUCUAGGCAUUGCUAACAUGUCCAGGUCAUAUCUCACCAAUUUAAAAAAAUAAAGUAAUAAAUAAGACACCAUAUUUGACGUGAAGAAAAUUAAGCAUAUUGCUAAGACAUCAGUUUUUGCAUUGCUUCUGCAUGAAAUUUUCAUGACAUUUAAACACAUUUUAACUUGAGAUUACUGAAAUGAAUUCAUACAUUUUGCUUUUGAGUUCGUCAUUAUAAGUAUAAUAUAUGAUUAUAUAAAAUGAUUCUAAUUACAAUACAGUAUUUUUACUUUAUUUCAGUAUAAAUACUGAUUCGAAUUUAAAAUAAUUUUUCAUGAAAUGAAAAGUGAAAAGCAACACAAUAAUUUUUUUUUAUUUUUAAGUUUAAAAAGUAUAAUAUGUAAAGAAUUCUUUUUCUUUUAUUUUUCUGCAUUAUUGGUAACAGGAAAUUUGCUUAUUGUGAACAUUAUACAAAUUAAGAAAUAUAAACUGUUUAAAUGAGCUUUGUUUUCUUUACGUAUAAUAUAAUUUCUUGGUUUCCUUUUGAUUCUAUUUGACGUUUUGAGAAAUUCACCCAUGCUAAACAACUAUGACUAGGAUCCACGAGGAGUUUGUUUAAUUUUUUUUUUUUUUAAAGUGCCAUUUUCUGAUUGCUAGUCAUAAUAAAUAAUUUAACUUAACUCGUAUCAGGGAUCGGCGUGCAAUGGGUGGGUUUCAAAGAACCUGUUGCCACCUUCCAGGAGUCAUUCUUCAGCCUUUAAUCAACAUGACGUUUUAGGAAACAAGGAAACUCAUCAUUUCCAUAAUUAGAUUCUCACCACAAUGGAAGCUUGAACUGAAAGCCGAGAUUUGCUGCAAGUGAUUGCAACUCUCAAGUCACCGUUGGAAAACCAUUUCACAUUCAAUAAAUUACAGUGUUUACCUAAAAAUCCAAUGUUGUGCUCCUGUCUCUACAUCAACAGUUGCCUUAUACUGUCAGUCUUCACCUGUUCGUACGGCUUUGUGGCUUUUACCUCGCAACAGGUGGUCUGGUAAACUCUCAUCAUUGUUUCACAAGUGGGUACUGUGUACAAAGUAGCAUUAUGUUAUACUUUGUCAAAUUUGUACAACACAGGAAAAAUAAACUUUUAGAAAGUUACAAUUUUUGUUUGUUUUGUUCUUACCACAGUUUGGGUUUCUCGGUGAAGCAUUAUCUCCAGCAGUGACUCAGAUGCCUUUCUUGCUCCAGGCAUGAGAUGAUGAGACAUCAGCAGGGAGUUUCAGUCAUACGUUGCAGGCGUCUGUAUUCAUUUAAACCAUUCGUCCCCAUCAACCCUAGAAAUCGCCCUAACACUGCAGGUCAGGUUCGGAGUGGACGCAGAGGGCAAACUGGACAGCAGCAGAUAUUUUGA